AUGGCUUCCCAACCACCCGUCACCGCCGGUGCCACCGGCACCGCCGCCGCUUCCAUUCAGGAUAUCUUCGAUUCCUCUCUAAACCUCGAAGAAACCCACUUCAACGACGGCUUUACUGAAGGCUACAACGCCGGCUUAAUCUCCGGAAAAGAAGAAGCCAAGCAAGUAGGCCUAAAAUUCGGUUUCCAAGUUGGUGAAGAACUUGGGUUCUACCGGGGCUGUGUCGAUGUCUGGAACUCGGCAAUUGAAGUCGAUUCGACCCGGUUCUCUUCUCGGGUUCAAAAAAGUAUUAAACAGAUGGAGGAGUUGCUACAAAAAUACCCUUAUUUUGACCCGGAUGAUGAGAGUGCCCAAGAAAUUAUGGAUAAUCUGAGGUUGAAAUUUAGGGCUAUUUGCGCCACAUUGUCGGUGAAAUUGGAGUAUAAUGGGUUUCUCAAAUCUUCUUCGGAGGCAAAGGAUAUUGAGUUUUGAGGGAGAUAUUGUGUUUGCCGUGUAAUGGGUAAUUUCAAAAUUUGGAAUUCUGGUGGUUCUACGUAUAAAUUUUGCUUGGUAUGCUGUUUAGCGGUUUAGGUUUCUUUUUUCUGUUGGCUGGUGGUUUGGGUGGAUUUGUAUUGAUCAAAUAUUUGGGGGUUUAUGAUAUUUUUUUCAAUUUGAUCAGCUAUAUAUCAAGAUCGUUUAUAUUCCAAA